CAAGUCUGUGGAAGACUGCGGGUCUGUGUGAAACCUAUGUGGUCUGUUUUUCCGUUAUUAGCACGUCCCUGCUCCAUCCUAACGUAACAAGUGUCCCGUCAUGAAUGACGUAAGGGAACAAGUCGCUGGCGAUUUUCCGGUCCCGUCUACCCUUUGUCAACUAAUUACGAAGCUAACGAUAAUUAGCUCCCUAAUCAAACAACAUGCCUGCUCAAAUAGCGACACUUGGAAGUACUCCGCCCUAUUUCUUAGUGAAGGAAACACUACUCUUCAGGUAGUGAAAAACAAGUGGUAAAUUUGCACAUGUAGUGAAGUAGUUUUGACAGUUAACAGCACAAAUUCAGUGCUGAUGGCCAUCAUAAAGUUUUCAAUAGUUUUCUGAGACUUACUAAUGGAAAGCCAAAAUGUUCAUGGUUGACUUAAAUAUUGGGAAAAAAAAAAUUUUCUUCCCUUGAAAUUCCAGUUUGAAAGUCCGCAAAAUUCGUCUGUACGGUGAAACCAAAGAUACGUAAUGUUUACCUUAGAUACCCAUUGACGUUAACUAACAAACUGACAUGAUUGUGGUUUUCCAGUGGUCAUGUCGUUUCUUGGUCAAGGUUACACCAAGGAGCUUUUAUCUCCUUGGUUACACGGGUCUGGAGGAAAGAAGACAAUAACUUUCAUAAAUAGAAAAUGCCCUUAUGACCAAGAUAUCAAUUACUAAUCCUUACUCUUCAAACGUCCGUGCCGACAGGAGAAGGUGGGAACACGGCGGUGACAUCAGGCAGAUUUUCCCGGCAGCCCGGGCUCCUGGCGCCGCUGACCCGCCGGCGCCUCCACGGAAUGUUUGCUGACCGAGAGUAAAAUUCAAAUUUUGUUUAUUUGUUUCCAGUUGUCCCAGUGUGCACUUGCCAAAGUCAGUCUAUUCUCCCUUUGCUCUGCUCUCUUGACAUCCAUUACCAAGCCCUUCUUUCGCUGUUUAACAUCUGUCAGACGGCUGAGGGGAAAGUUGGACACUGCAGUGUCGUCAUGCUUAGUUUCUCGGUGGAGGCAAUCUUAUCCAAGCCGUCCUCCCACGGACGGGACAGGUGGGAGCCCGGAGACAGGGAACACGCCGACGGGACACGUGCAGGACACGCACCGUGGCGGACAUGGGCCGACCCCUUCUCCACACCUGCCGGCCCACCCGGGCAAUGCUCCGUACAGCCACCGUGGAUGUACCGUCCCAACCCUGCAUCUUUCAGGCCUUUCUCUACAGAAAACUUCAUUGUAACACCUUCCCCGAGUUCAAGUUCAAGUGACUCCCAGGCUGGAGACUCCCAGGCACACCGUGCUGCAGUAGCUACGCCAUCCCACGAAAGACGUCCAGACUCCGCAAAGCAGCUGCAGGCGUGCGACGAGACAGAAGUCGACGUUGAUGAGGAUGGGGAGGGGGAUGAUAACCUUGACCCUACCGAGACAGAAGACAGCCCAGAAGACAGCCGGAGACGGCAGAGGAGACUGUUCAGCGGCCAUCAAGUCAUGGAGUUAGAGACGCGCUUCUUGGAGAAAAACUACCUCAGCAGGAUUGAGAGGAUUUGUCUGGCAAAUGCGCUGAAUCUGAGUGAAACGCAACGCACCAAGGCGCGGCGGAAACACCUGACGCGGCGGUACUGGGGCGGCCGGUGGCCGGGCGGGUACCGCGUCCAGCCCGGCCUCACCUACGGGCCGCCGGACGACACCAUGCGGGCCGCUAUUGAGGACCUGAUUCGUCGGUACGAGAACGGGCAGGUGGAGACCAGGCUGACUAACUAA